GAUGGCGCUAUCUUUGGAAGAGAAAGUUGAAAAAUUUGCCUUAUUUUCUCGAUUUACAAUCAUAUUACUGCAGGUUAUCUUCAAUGCCAUCCUCCCUGAUUAUCCAGACACUGCGGCUUUCCGUCCUCCACGUCUUCCAGAAUCAAAGACAAUAUGGGAUGGAGUAGUGACAUUCUUGCUGGGAGGAUAUCGCCAUUGGGAUGCAAAUUACUUCUUACAUGUUGCAGAACAUGGCUAUACAUAUGAAAAAUGCCUGGCGUUCUUUCCACUUUUUCCAUGGCUAACAAGAGGCAUUGCUAAUACACUUUUUUACCCACUCCAAAUGGUUCUUGCCUACCACAACACAUUACUGUUGAGUGCAGCCUUAGUGAAUUUCAUCCUAUUUGUCAAAUCAGCAAAAAUCCUCUUCAAACUAGGAACCAAAGUUUUGCAAGAUAAAACAUUAGCUUACAAAGCAGCCCUGCUGUACUGCAUUAAUCCAGGCAGUAUAUUCUUCUCUGUGCCAUACUCAGAAACAACAUUUGCAUUUCUGUGUUUCUCAGGCUUGCUGGCCUUUGAGAAAUCAAUGGUAAUCUCACCAGCUCCGUAUUUUGGAUUGGCAACAUUGACACGCUCAAAUGGACUGGUCAUGAUUGGAUUCCUUGGUUAUGACCGAUUUAAAUCCCUUGUGAAAGGAAUACAAGCUUUAGUGCAAAACCGCAUGGAUGACCUGGCACCAUUUAUUGGUGGCCUCGGUACACUCUGUGCUAUAUCAAUUACACCACUUUUCAUCAGCGCUCUUAUGUACAUUUUACCAUUUGCUACAUUCCAAAUGUAUGUUUUCAAAAUAUUUUGUCGAAAUCAGCACAGAAAGGAUUACACAAACUAUACUGUGGCACCACACAUUAUCAAAUAUGGACAAGAUAUGGGCGAGGAUGAUUUCAGAUUUCCGUGGAACGGUCCUUUCCCUUGGUGCCACCAGACUUUACCAGUGUCAUAUUCCUAUGUUCAGAACCACUACUGGGGUGUGGGGUUUCUCAGCUACUACACCGUGAACAAUAUUCCAAACUUUCUCUUAGCCUUACCCAUUGUGAUUCUGUGCAGCUGUGCAGUAAUGGAAUAUUACAUGAGGAAUAAAAAAUAUGUCUUGACCCUUGGUUUGUAUGCAGAGUUGAAGGAACCGUCCAAUCAGAAAAAAGAUGAGGAUGCAACUGACACAGAGAAUGAACUCGGAUUCUACAGUCAUAGAUGCUUCAUCUACAUUGCUCAUCUGGCUGCACUGAUGCUGUUUGGUGUGACUGUUGCGCAUAUUCAGAUCAUCACAAGAAUGCUUUGCUCCUCAUGCCCAGUGAUCUAUUGGUAUGCAGCUAUGCUAAUGACACCAGGACACAAACCUGGAGACCUCUAUAAUGAAUAUGACGUCAUGAAGAGAGCUAAGAAGGAGAAGACGAUUGAGACGGCAAAGAAUUCCGAUUGCAAUCUGGACAAUCUCCUGACUGAUCAGAUAAUCAACCUUCGACAAAACAAUACAUCGUCUAAGCUUAUUAUUGUUUACUUCUUGACUUAUUGUGUUGUUGGAACUUUGAUGUUUUGUAAUAGUUUACCUUGGACAUGAUAAAGCCUCCGAUAUCCUCUGAUCCCGAGUGUGUCAUUGGAAAUCGCCACUGAUCUGUGAAACUGUUUCAUUUCGUUUUCUAAACUGAAAAGCACUCGAUUCUAAAGGACCUGCGUGUGUGGUCAGAUGUACAUGUAAUCAGUCAUGGAAUUAGUGUCCUCACUGCAGAAAGUGCAUGUCUUCUUACAAAUUACCGGGUAAUAGAC